CGACGCAUGUGGUUUGAGGAAGAAGGUUCGAGAGGGAGAAUGCGAGAGAGAAAGAGAGAUCGCGAAGGAAGAGGAGUUUUUCGGUGACGACGAAGUUCGGAUCGACGGCAAAGGUGAGUCGAGGUAAAUAUCAGGGUCUCAUAUAUCUUUUCGAUUGUUUCUCGAACUGGAGUACCGCCUCGUGCUUAAUUCUAGUGAUUCUUUUUCCCAUUUUCUAGUGGAUUGUCGGUGAUCCGACAGAGACGUAAGUCUUUCGGAUACUGAACUCGUAAAAUCCCGAUGUUUUAUCUUAUUUUUUUCUCGUCGGAGUAUCGGAGUGACACGUUAUAGCAUAAAAAAAAGAUUUCAAUUCAAAUGUAGCAAAAUCCAUUAAAUUAAUCACCCAUAAUAUAUUCGUUUUAUUAGUUGAAUUACAUUUAAAUUCGGCUCAAUUCUAUUUAUAUGAAUACGAUAAAAGGAUUGAGGCAUCAUUUUCAUUUUAUGUCGAUGCACAAAUCUAACGUGGUUUUGGAUAUAGAUAAAUGUCCUUGGUAAGUAUAAUUAUAAAUCAUAAAAUAUUUUGGACAAAGGAUAUGUGAUUAACGAGGAAAGACAAUGCAAAUUAGGUAAAAAAUCUAAAAGAUAUUCAUCCUAAUAAAAUAUAUAAACAUAUUAAGAGAUAAAAUCUAAAAUAAAUGGAAAGUAUUUUACUAGAUUAAGAAUAUUAAAACAAAUAAGAUAGAAUAUAGUCAAAGAUGGUUUUUCAAAUUUUCAUUUUUGCUAAAAUUCUUUUUAAACUGGGAAAAAAAUAAUAUUUUGUCUAUGGUUUGAAUUUAAAAAUACGCUCGUCCUUGCAUAUCGUUUCAAAACCCGCCCAUGUACGUCUCCUCUAAGUCCUCUCCCUCUUAUUUUCCCCCUGUAUAAAUCUCUCCCUCCCUCCCUCCCUCUCUCUCUCUCUCUCUCUCUCUCUCUCUCUCUCUCUCUGUGUUUUGUCGGAGAAUGGCGCGUGACAUCCAACUUCCAUGCAACGGAGACGGCGGGUGCAUGCGCUGUAUGGCGAAGCCUCCGUCGGAGGAGAUCCUCAAAUGCAGCACGUGCGUGGCGUCAUGGCACGUGACCUGCCUCUCCCCUGCUCCCGAAACCCUUGCCUCCCCUAUGCUGUGGCAGUGCCCCGAUUGCUCCGGCGAUGCCGAUCCCGUCCCCGCCGCCGGAUUAUCCGGCGCUGACGGUGGCCUCGUGGCGGGGAUCCGCGCGAUCGAGGCAGACGAGUCAUUGACUGAGAUGGAGAAGGCUAAGAAGAGACAAGAGCUGAUGGGCGGGAAAGUCGCCGUAGAUGAUGGAGUUGAAGGCGAUGAUGACGAGGGGAGCAAGAUGGAAGGGGAUGAUGCGGAGAUGGAGAUCGAUCUUAUCGCUGCUCUGGGCGAGAAUUUGAACUGCUCUUUCUGCAUUCAGCUCCCUGAUAGGCCCGUCACGACACCAUGUGGGCACAACUUUUGCUUGAAAUGUUUCCAGAAAUGGAUUCAGAAAGGGAAGCGUACUUGUGCAAAAUGUCGUGCCCGAAUUCCACAAAAGAUGGCAAGCAACCCACGCAUUAAUGCCGCUCUUGUUUCUGCUAUCCGUCUGGCAAAAACACCCAGAACCUCCGCUGUUGGUUCUGCGAGGGUCUACCAUUAUAUUCGCAAUGAAGACCGCCCAGAUACAGCAUUUACCACCGAGCGAGCAAAGAAGGCUGGGAAUGCCAAUGCUGCUGGUGGUAAAAUAUUCGUGACAGUGGCACCCGAUCAUUUAGGUCCUAUACCUGCUGAAAACGAUCCUGUAAGAAAUCAAGGUGUUCUAGUCGGAGAAUCAUGGAAAAACAGACAUGACUUAAGGCAGUGGGGGGUUCACUUCCCACAAGUUGCUGGCAUUGCUGGACAAUCAAAAUAUGGAGCUCAAUCAGUUGUUCUUUCUGGAGGAUAUGAGGAUGACGAGGACCACGGAGAAUGGUUCCUCUACACAGGAAGCGGAGGCCGGGACCUUAGUGGCAACAAAAGGACUAACAAGGAACAUUCUUUUGAUCAGAAGUUUUGCUGGGUGAACGAAGCUCUUAGACUCAGUUGCAAAAUGGGUUAUCCUGUUCGAGUUGUCAGGUCUCACAAAGAGGAGCGCACUGCCUAUGCCCCUGAGGCAGGGAUUAGAUAUGAUGGGGUUUAUAGGAUUGAGAAGUGUUGGAGAAAAGCUGCUAGACGGGGUUUUAAGGUCUGCCGUUAUCUCUUUGUUAGAUGUGACAAUGAGCCUGCUCCAUGGACCAGUGAUGAGCACGGUGAUCGCCCAAGACCUCUGCCUAAGAUUCGUGAGCUUAAGAAAGCCAUUAAUCUAUUUGAGAGAACGGACAGCCCAUCGUGGGAUUUUGAUGAAGCUGAUGGUCGUUGGAAGUGGGUGAAGCCUCCACCUGCUAGUAGAAUGGUGUUUGAUGCAACGGGUCGUGAGGAGAGGAAGAGGGCAAAAAAGGCUAACAGUGUGAAGGACAGGCUUCUGAAAGAAUUCAGCUGCCAAAUCUGCCGCCAAACAAUGAAUCUUCCGGUGACAACCCCCUGUGCUCAUAACUUCUGCAAGGAAUGCUUAGAGGCCAAAUUUUCUGGGAUGACUCUCAUGAGGGAAAGAAACAAAGGCGGACGCACACUUCGUACGCAGAAGAACAUCAUGAACUGCCCUUGUUGCUCCACUGAUAUCUCCGAUUUUCUCCAAAAUCCUCAGGUAAACAGAGACGUAAUGGAAGUGAUCGAGGCGCUGAAGACGAAGAUCAAGGCCACUGAGAAUGCAGAGGGGAAGGAGGAAAGUGGUGGGUCGGGGUCUGACAAUGGUGAAGCUCUUACUGAAACUGAGUCAGAACCGCCGAGUAAGCGUAUCAGACUCGACACUGAAACCGCUUGAGAGAUAUGCCUUAUAGGAUCGAACCAUCCAUGUAAAAAAAAUGACAGCAGAAACACAAACCAUUCUGCGAAGUCCCUGGACAAAACACAAAGUAAGGAUGUUAAGUUUCUUGUUCCGUUUUUUUUUUCCUUUUUUCAAAUGCCUGUUUUAGACCUUUCCUGAAUAAGUUUAAAGGGCCGGUUUUAUCUGGUUUAGAUUGCAAUUGUUGGUUUUCUAUUAUGGAACAGUGGACCGGUUUUGUAUAAACCGGUUCUUUUAUUUGGUUGAAUCUCAGUAUGCUAUCAGAAUAUUUAACA